GCAUUCUCCGGGUGGAGAUUGAAACCGAAGCACAUAUCCAAAAUUCUAUGCUGAAAAAUAGUUUUGAAGCUGCCGAACAAAUCAAGCCGUCUUUGAAGCAUCUUUCGUAUAUUUUUUGAACCCAUCGUUAAAGGAUGCUUCACUUUGCGCGACGGCUGGUCCCACAGGCCUUCCGCCUGCGACGCAUCUCCUGCCUGGGACCCCGUCCCCUGGGCACCUCGCGCCGCUACGCCACACAGGCCAUCAACCAGAUGUUGCAGCUCCAGCAGAUGGAGAUGUGCGCGGAUCCGCCAUCUCGCGGAUUGGUGAUCGGUGUUUUCGCCGACGAAAGCGAUCCCAACGAUGCCGGCAUCCUGACACCCGCCGGCUGGCGUUACAAUGUGCAGAAGACCAACGGCCGAUUGCUGGAGGUCCUGCGAAUGUCUGGACCAAUGCCCAAGCGGGGCGAGGCUCGCCUUUUCUUCGCCAUCGAGCCGGAGCGUAUCCCCUAUUACUCUGCGGUGGCUGUGAUCGGCCUGGGCAAGGAGUGCCUGGGCUACAAUCCAUAUGAAGUUCUGGACGAGCAAAAGGAAGCGAUCCGCCGAUCCGUUGCAGCCGCUUGCCGGAUUCUAGCCGAGCUAGACACUGACAGAGUCGAAGUUGAGAACUGUGGACACGCAGAGUCUGCUGCCGAGGGAGCCGCAUUGGGCAUCUGGCUCUAUCAGGAGCUACGCAGCCCACAGGGCAGGAUUCCAGUUCCAUCGCUGGAUUUGUACACAACAAAGGACGAAGUCUGCGACAUCGAGGGAUGGCGCAUUGGACUGCAGAAGGCGGCAGCACAGAAUCUGACCAGACAGCUGCAGGAGAUGCCCUCCAAUCUCCUCACUCCAACUGCCUUUGCCCAAAAUGUUGUGGAGGUUCUGUGCAAGUCGGGAGUCAAUGUGGAGGUCAAAGUUGAGGGCUGGGCUGAGAGCCAGUCCAUGCACGCCUUUCUGGCAGUGGGAAGAGCCUCGUGCGAGCCGCCAAUCUUCUUGGAGCUCAGUUAUUACGGAACCUGUGCAGAGGAGCGUCCAAUUGUGCUGGUCGGCCAAGGCGUGACCUACGAUGCCGGCGGAUUGUGUCUCAAAAAGAAAAACGAGCUCUUUCAUAUGCGUGGAGACAUGACGGGAGCCGCCGUUGUGGUGGCCACUUGCCGCGCUGUUGCUGGUCUGCGCCUACCGGUCAACAUUCGCGGGCUGAUUCCUCUUUGCGAAAAUGUUGUUGGCUGCAAUUCGGUACGACCGGGGGACAUGGUCAAGUCAAUGAACGGUAAGACCAUGGAGAUCGAGUGCACCGAUCACGAGGAUGUUCUUGUCUUGGCGGAUGCCCUCCUCUACGGGCAGAAUUUCUGUCCCAAAUGCAUCAUUGACGUCGGCACCUGUUCGGGCUACAUGCGUCAGGCUCUGGACGAGUCGGCAGCUGGGGUCUUCACCAACUCGGAGAUCCUGUGGCAGCAGAUCAAGCAUGCCAGCAUGCACACCGGAGAUCGUGUGUGGCGUUUCCCUUUGUGGAAGUAUUACAGCAAGGCGGUACGCUCCGGGGGACGUAGUGAUGUACAGAACUACGGCAUUGGCCGUGGUGGACGUCCCUGCAAGGCCGCUGCCUUCCUCCGUGAGUUUGUGCCCUGUGGCCAGUGGAUGCAUAUUGAUGCCACAAAUGUGAUGAUGACGAAGGGCGAUGAAUACGAGUAUUUGCGCAAGGGCAUGGCCGGGCGCCCUACACGCACUCUGGUGGAGUUUAUUGCUCAGACAAUUUGCAGGGAUACUGCCCCACGACUGGGCAAGUAA